AUGGGGCUACGACGGGACCACUGGCAGCGACUCUCUUUUAUUCUCAUACUACUGGGCAUCCUCUUCUUCCUCUCGGUACUGCUUUACAGUGGGCGCGACCGCUUCGCCAAGGCGUACGAUAGUGCAAAACCGGCGCACUGGAAGACCUUUGAAGACGAGACUGUCGGCAAAGCACCGUCUUCCAACUGCAGAGGGAGGCAUGAUGGGCGCAGUGCGCUCGUGUCUACCAGGGAACUGACAACCAUUCCUUCCGUGACCCUGCCUGGUGGCUGUAACCUGAUGGCGCUUGAUUGA